CUUGUUAUCGAAAACUCUUACAGGAGUUGCUUUUUCCGAAUAUUCUUUUUCCUUAUUUUUUCGUCGUCCUCAAGGCGUGACAUCUUGCUGAUUAACUAUUUAAGCUUUCGGUGUGGUUGACGUAACCAGCCCCAAUGCUUCGUGACUCGACAUUGUUCAAGAGUUUUCCGACUUCCUGUCAGGGUAAUCAAAGCCGAGUAACCCUGUGUCAGGUGUUAGAGGACCUAACUACAAUAUCCGAUUGUCAAGGUACCCUUUAUAUCUGGGACACACAUCCAGGCUUCUUUAUGUUCAUCGCGUCAGUCAGGAUAGAGAACCACUCACACUUCUACAAAGGUUUUGAUCAAUUACCGGAGCUUAAAGCUAUUGAGGAAAUGGAGGCUGCAGAGUAUCACCCAGUCCAAACUAUCAUCGAUAAGGAAGUUUCCCAAAAAAAGCGAUUUGCUCGUUUUCAAGACAGACAAGAAAUGAGUGACAUGCCCACCGACAUGAUGUUAAAAAUAGCUCAUGGGAAGUAUUGGACAUCAUGGCGAGGAAUUCCCAUUCUGAAGGACUGCCUCGAUCUUAUAGUAGUUCAGGAACUGUUUUGGGAGUUACAGCCCAAGACCGUUAUUGAGCUCGGAGCCUACAAAGGCGGCUCAGCUUUGUGGGCAGCAGACAUGCUGAAAAUGAUUGGUGUCACAUCACGUGUUCUGUCAUUGGAUGUUGAUCUUUCGUUACUGGAUCCAGUCGCUAAAGCGUACCCGGAUGUCGCGUUCAUUCAAGGGGAUUCACUUGAGAUUGACAAAUGUUUUCCUGCAGAAUUACUCCAGGAACUCCCUCACCCAUGGUUCAUAACUGAAGAUGCUCAUGUCAACGUUACUGGUGUGCUGGAGUACUUUGAUAAAUUUACGGAGCCUGGGGACUAUAUCUGUGUUGAAGACACCAAUCCCAUAGUUCCAAACGCACCUGGUCAGGGGCUUGCUAAGGAGCUUGGGUACACACCACUGGGUAGUGUGAAGCUUGACGCGGUAAAACGCUUCAUGAAAGACAAAGGUGAAAGAUACCUUGUAGAUCAGCGAUACGCGGAUUUUUACGGAUACAACGUUACUUGGAACAUGAACAGUUAUCUGAAACGAGUGUAGAUGUCAGAAACAUAUCAAUCCCGAGUGAGCAACCCAGGAUUUGAAAACAAAUAAACUUAUUGACAAAACCAAGUAGAAAAUUGAUCCCAAUUGCUUCUGCACGAAGGACACAAACAAGAGGUCGUAAUCGAGGGGUUAGGUUAUAUGUUCAAUAUCAGAAUGUUUUUGUUUCAAAUAUAUAACAUCUUUACCACUGACGCGCAAAAAAAAUUCUAUCUUCACACGUGAAGCUAGCAGAAGCAAUUUGCCAGUUCUUUUAAAUCAAUGAAUCAGAGAGCUGUAGUUUAACGUUGAGUAAAA